CAAAAUCACAAAUUAUCUCCGGUCCGUCCCCACAUUUCUGGCUCUGGUUAUACUGAAUAUUAGGUAGUCAUACCGGUACUGGCAGGGCGAAAUCGUAGCUAUAGUCAACCUAACUUCCAUUACAUUUUUUAACUCCUCCGAACCUCCAUCGGCAUGUUUGUCAAUGGAGGAGAAGAUAAGAAUAGAGAAAGAGAGAGUCACGCAUUGACUUCCUCUUACACCUCUGAAUCACUGUCUCCAAUUCUCUCCCUAAGAGGAUUUUUAGGGUUUGUUGCGGAUGCAGCAGAGAAACCAAAGAAGGCAGCAGAGGAACACAAGAAGGCAGUAGAAGAACCCAAGGAGGCAGUUGAGGGAAACAAAGAGGUGGUAGAAGAACUCAAGCUAGUAAAGGAAACCAUGGAUGCAGUAGAGGAACCCAAGGAGGCAGUCGAGGGACAUCAGGAGGUAGUAAAAGAACCCAAGGAUGCAGUGGAGGAACACAAGGAGGCCAUAGAAGAACCCAAGGAGGCAGUAGAGGGACCAAAGGAGGCAGUAGAAGAACCCAACGAGGCAGUUCAGGAAGACGCACCAAAAGAAGAGGCACCACCACAGGAAGGAAUCAUUGAGAAUGAGAUUCAAAGCAAUGAAGAAAUUGAACAAGAGAGACCCGAGGAGAUUCAGGAAAGUAGGGAGAUGGAACCAGAAGAAUCUGAGAAAGAAGAAAAUGAAGAAAUUGGUGAAGUUGUAGAGGAGAAAGUGGAGAAAGAGGAAUCCAGGACACCUCAAUAUGAAAUUGAUGAGAGUGCUGGAGAAGAACCUGAAGGACAGAUUUUGGAGAAAGUAGAAGAAACAGCAGAAGAGGAAGAACAUCCUGUUAUUCCGAUAGCAUAUCCAGAUACAGAAACUAUUGAGCCUGAGAAAGUCGAACAGGAGAGGAAUACAGAUGAGCCACAGGAGUCAGAAUUGACAUCAGUUGAAGAAGAACAAACUGAAAAGCAAACUGAAGAACCUCCAGAUGAUAAAGAAAGACAUCCAGAGGCAGAGGAAGUAGCAGAAGUAAAAGAUCAAGAGACUCAACAGGGAGAGUUACCAAAUCCACCAUCAACUCAAGCUGAAGAAGAAAUGCUAGAAAAAGAGCCUCAAGAACCUUUCCAACCUGAAACUGAAGAAGAGCUAAAGCAAGCAGAAACUCCGGUUACAGACCUUCCUUCGGAUGAAUCGAUUACAUCUGAACAAGAGGAAGCAGAAGAAAUUGAAGAUGAAAUCAAAGAAGAAAAGGAUGUACCUUCAGAAUUGGGAAGAGAUAAAGGAGUAAGUGAAGAAGCAAGUCAGAGGAAAAAGAAGCUGAAGAAAAGGUGUAAGCUGUGUGCUCCAUUAGUGGUUGGAGGAUCAAGCUUUCUUAUCACUAUCAUUGUCAUGGUUAUUCACAUAAUCAAAACAAAGAAAAGAGAAGAAUUAUAAGUAAACUACGACCAUUAGCUGCUUUAUCCCUUAGGAUAUGUCAUAUAAGUUAGAGCUUAAGCCACUAUGUCAGAGAUUUUGAGUUCAAAUCUUGAGACAGAUGGAGAGGGGUUUGAGAAUGGGAAGGCUAUCUUCUUUUAUAUAGCUUAACAUUUGGUGUAUCAAAAAAAAAAAAAAAAAAUGUUAGCUGCUUUUUUUAUUACAAAACACUGCAUAUUUAAUAAUAUAGGGUGAGGCUCUGU